UUACGUUAAUUGUUACACGUCCUUUGUUUACAUAGUUAUAAUUGAUAAAUUGUAAAGUCAAUUAUUUAUUGGACCAUUCAUUCAAGUAAAAUAUUAUUUUAAUUCUUGUAUUUGUCUAGUUUGAAUUUAGGUUACCUAAUUCGCGCCUCUAUGCCUCCCGCUCCCACUCCAGUGCGUAGAAACAUGAACUUUCAGCAAUCUGUCAAUAAUUUGCGAACUAAAAUUAGUGAAUGCAUGAAUUAAAUUUUCUGGAGUGCGAAUUCUUCUUAAUUAUCUACCAUAGUCUCGCUACCAUCACAUUCCUAUGCUUCAUUUGUCAGUGUCGCUAGCCGCAACGGGCUGGUGCUAGGGGCGAAGAGUGGCAACGCUUCUUAUGCACAUGGAGAAAAUCUAUCAAUCACAUUCACAUAAACUAUGUAAUACCCCCUUUCUUCCCGGUGCGCACUAACGCAAUGAGAGGGAAAUAAUUAGCAAAGAAACAAUGGAGCGAAUUACUUGCUCCGAUUAAAUUAAUUUAUACAUGAAUGUGGAGAGAGGUUAUUGUGUUGAGACUGGAGGGAGAAUACCAUAGACGAUUUCCUGCGUCUGAGGGUGGAGGAUGGUAGAGGAGAGUGGAAUCAAUCGGUGACAAAAUCUAGGGGAAGGGACAGUGAGAAAAAAGAGAGUGGGUGAGUGACAGAAGUGUGAAGAGGCACCUACCCAUAAGAGAGGAGGCAAUGGACAUUAAGAGAAAUGACACACACCCACAAAGUAAUUUUUUAAUGCUUCACACAAGAAAAGCUAGGGGUAGCAACUCAUUUGAAAUCUAUCACCCAUCUACCUAACUAUUCUCCAUCCUCAAAUGCUGGAUAUAAGCUUCUACCAAUGACUGCAAUAUUCUCCAGUCGCCGGCCGAAAAAAGUUGCGUCUCACUAAAGGACGGUAAUGCUCCAGUCUCUGCCACCAUUGCCAAGCAAUCUAUCGUCAUUUCCCGAUAUUCCCAUCUUUCCUUCCAUCCCAAGACUCACCCCAUCUCCUUUCGGUAACUAAAUUAACUGGAGCAAAGGAAGGAAUUUCCACAGAAAGUCAAUCAAAAUAACAUGGACGAGGACUAAGGCUCCAAUACCGUCGGUCAGUAAAGUUGGGUCUCACUAAAAGGAAGUUUUACCUUUCUCAGCCAACGUUUCAUCACAGUUACAAACGGUGAUAUGACUGCAAAGCUCAAAAUUUUCUGGGACUCUUGGAUUGUAUGGAUAAUUCGGGGCCAAAUGUACACAUUUUACCCCUUAUUUUUUUAUUCGUUUAGCUUAGCAUUUCAUCGUUCCUCGACAUAUUUCACGCUAGGUUGUGCUUGUUUUGAUACAUUUCAGACUAGGGGUGGUAAUCGGUAAACCGGUAUCCGGUAUACCGGAUAUCGUACCGGAUACCGACGGUAUUCGGUAUACCGAAUACCGUCGGUAUCGGUAUUCGGGGGAGUUAUUUUACAUUCGGUAAUACCGGAUAAGAGUCGGUAGAUACCGACGGUAUACCGGUAUACCGUAAUACCGAUUAUAAAAAAAAAAGAAGAGUAAAACGCGGUGCACUGAAGGGUAGAGCAGAGGAGUGUGAUGCGAUGGCCGAGGAGGAAGCUCGGAGCAGCAAGAGGAUUAAGUGCUCAGCGGGAGAGAAUGGGGAGGUGGAGAUUGUGGAAGUUGAGAGUGAGAAUGGAGAACGAGGUAGGUGCGGUAAUGGAGGAACGUCGCCGUGGAAAGAUGAGCCGAGUGAGUCGACGGUCGAGGGAGUUGCGGCGAACGGCAGGGUGCGGAUCUAUGUCAGGAAAGGGUAUAAGGUGAAGAGGAACAACAAGAUGAGGAGGUUUACGCGUUCUUCUAUGAAGAAGCGUAAGGUAGAAGAGACGGUAGAAAUUGAGGUGCGUGGAUCGGAAUCCAUUGGCAACGGAUCAGUCUCGACGAUCAAUGUUGAGGCGAUUGGUGCCGGAGUGGAAGGGAGUGCAGUAGCGCCGCCGAAGAAGAAUUUGGAGCUGAAAAUGUCGAAGAAGAAUUUGGGCCGUGACAUGACGUUUUCCCUGUUUUUGGCCUGCUUGGACUCUUUAGUUUAAGGCAUUUGCUCUAAGGGGAAUAAUUAAGGAUGCGGGGAUUCUAUGCUUUUGCUCUAUCUGCAAUGGAGUCACAGUAAGUAGAAGAUUUUCUUUGUAAUGCAGUUGAACUUGUUAAGUGCUUUUUGGAGGGGAUGAGAACUUAUUGAGUUUGUGUUUGUUUUCUGUUUGGUAUCCUUUUGUCGUGGUUUAACCGUGAUUCAACCAUUUCCUAUCGCUAAAUACCGCCUACCGGUUUUUCUUCCGAUAGGAGGUUUUUCUGGUCGAACCGUUCGUACGGUAUGGUUUUUCAAUCCUUGCUUUCAGGUGACAGUUGCUUGUAGAUGAUAGGUUGAGUAGUGACCCCAUGGCCAUGAUGUAAGUAGGUGUUAGUAAAUUGUUUUCUCCUAUUGAAUCCUUACGUGGAGAAAAUUAUAUGAAGACUAUUAAGUUAAAUUAUAUGAAGACUAUUCAGUCGGUAUACCGGCUCGAAAAAAUAAUCUCAAUGAAUUAACCGGUAUUCGGUAUACCGAUAUUAAUACCGGAUACCGACUAUUCGGUAUCCGGUACACCGACUAUUCGGUAUCCGGUACACCGGAUAAUAUUCGGUAUCGGUAUUCGGUGGGUACACAAUGUUAUCCGGUAUACCGGAUACCGACCGAUUACCAGCCCUAUUUCAGACCCUAGCAUGUGUGGAAGGGUCGAGGUCGAAGUUUGGGAUAAUUGGAGGUCAAAAAGCGCAAAAACCAAAGAAAAGUCUGAAGUCCGUGACAAUUGCCUAGUAGUAUUGAAGUGAAGGCGUCCAGGUAACAGCUGCAAUUCACGGCCGUACAAGGCAGUUCACUGUCUCCUUAGAUCGUGAACAUGGACCACAAACCGUGAACAUCGAGCAGUCCAGCGAGGUUCCAGAAGCUACUGACGACAAGGCAGUUCAUAGUCUCUAAGACCGUGAACUGGGGCCAUUGACCGUGAAUCCAGCAGAGUGAAGCGGCGCAUUUUGGGCGACACUGAGUUCACGGACGCGUUCAGGUGUUAACGGCCGUGAACUGGCCAACGCGUCCGUGAACUGAUCACUCUCGGGCAAAUAUGAAGACAACAAUGGGGAGAGAAAAAUGAGAGCUGGUUUUUGGGAGAAGAAACACUUUCUUUCUCUAGGGUUUCAACCUAAACACCAAAGGAGAGUUCUAGUGAGAGAGAGAGUUCUAGGGUUUCAACCUAAACUUGGAGCAUCAUUGGAGGCUUGGGUGAACAUUCAAGCCUAGAAGAAGAAGACGAUCUUGAGCUCAAAUUUGUAAUCCCUCUCUCUCUCUCUCUCUCUCUCUCUCUCUCUCUCUAGAAACUCACUCUUUUCUCUUGGGUGUUGUAGAUCCCUAACUAAUACUUUGUAAUUACUUGUUUAGAUUGAAUGAUUGUCAUUGGGUAUUGUUUAAUUUAAUGAUUGAGGUAUUAUUCAUGUCGAUUGUGCAUGCUUGUGCUUAGCAAUCUAAGGGUUGUGCAUGUUUUGUGCUUAGCAUACUUAGAUUUGUGCAUUUUGGUGCUUAGCAACCUAAGGAUUGUGCAUAAUUGUGCUUAGCACCCUUAGGUUUGUAAAUGGUGAUGCUAGCAAUCUAAUUAGCCACCUUAACCUAGCUUAGAGAGGAAAAUCCCCCUUCCAAGGAAGACUCAUUCGAGUUGGUUUUCCUUCAGCUUUUUAAGCUACCUAACUAGGUUAAUUUAGGGCAAUCCUCAUUGUUGAAUUAAGCAAAUCAGUCAAUCGCGAUUAAACCGUUCGACCUUUGAGUUGAGUGAGGGAGUAAGUCAAUUACCGAUUUCCUAAACCGAGAGGGUCGAGUGACACGACCUAUAUUAUUCACCUCGGUUUAGCAAUUGAGAUUGUUGUCACUGACCAUAUAUGCAUCCGUCUGCGGUUCGUGGUUACCUUGUUCAUAGUAAUCGUUCCAAUCCAACGAGUCUUGGUAGCUAGUUAGGGGGAAGCAACUCCUGGGUGAAGCUCCCUUAGUUAGACUUUUCCUUACUAGUUUAGUUUGUAGUUUUUUUUUAGUUUUAAAACCCAAAACCGUUUUGCUAGAUAACAACUUAAGCGAUUGAAGUAGGGGUACAUGAACCGGCUCGGGUUGACAAUUUAAAUACUUGCUCUAUACUGCACCCGACUAGAGUUUAAAACUUGGACUAUAGUCGAGAUUAAUUUGUGGUUUAAUUUCGUGUGAGUCAAUGGAUUUUGCUACAAUUUUACCGCACAUCGGUUUUUGGGAUGGUCACUCAAUGGGGAAGCUCUGGGCUUUCAUUCCUUAUUCAUCAAAUGAUCAAUGGGUUCACCGUGAUGGCGUUAUUGUCGCCAGAGCUAGUUCAAGUGGCCUCUGCUCUUUUUUUUCUUCAGUUACAAACGAUGGAGUUAAUGGUACUUUAAUUUGGCUAGAAUUGAUAAAUUAGUUAUUACCGAAAAACAGAAGCGGAAUUAGUGAAUUUAGGAGAGGUUUAAUUCUUCUCGAUUCUCGCCGACAUUCAGCUCCCUAUUCCACUUUUAGAAUAUGCGGCUUCAACAGUCACACCACAACAUUCAAUUUAGUUCUUUUAGAAUCUUUUUAUUCCAUUUUAUUUCAUUGGAAAAAAUAUUAAUUUAUGAUCUUAUUUAAUAUUUAUAGGCUUCUUUUUUUUUGCUAAUUAUUAAGCAAAUAAUGGUCAUGUAUCGCCUCUCGUAGAAGGAUUUACCGUUAUGGCAUUUUACCAAAAAAUGAGGUCCAUUCAGUGAAAAUGGACUAUCAUUGCCCCCUUACUGUUACCCUAUGGAAUUUUAUGAGAUUAAGUGAUUUGCUUGCCUCCGUCUCAGGUUUGAAUUUUAGUACAUGAUGCAGACAUGUUAUGCUUUACUAAACUUCCAAUCCCACCUUCUCCCUUAUGUUUGACUUCUUUGGAGAAUCUGAAAGUCUUGUAAUAAAGUGAUUUUUUAGUAUAUUCAGCCACGUGCCCAUUCUCUUGCCCGUCAGUUCCAUUUCCAAGUUCAUGAACUCUCUUCUACCUUCCAUCCUACCCUGGUCCCUCGUCCCUAAAAUGAGGCACCUCUCCUUAUGGUUUGGGAAUGCCACUUUGAUGUUGUCAUGCGCGAUUCCGGUUGUUUGUCCUUGUUUUGUGUUGGAUAUACACGCAAGUUUCUCUGACCUUGGGAUCUCAACACCAAAGAGUCUAGGAUCUUUCUUGUUGAGUUGUUUGCUACCAUGGAUGACAUUAUGCUAGCAACCUCCAGGAGUCUGCCUGUGUGAUCAUCGAAGGUGAUUUUGAAAUGGUGAUCCGUCAACUGGUUCGCCGAUCAGUAGAAGUUUUGCUUGGCAAUCCAUUGCUUCGAGAGUGUCUUCGGUUAUUGGAUUUGUGCUCUCCUUGUAUAGUUUUUAGUGCAGUUCUGCGGACUGCCUACUAAACUGCCUAGAGAAUGGCACGUAAAGCUCUGUUGUUGUCCUCUUUAGAGUUAGAGUCCUUUGUUUUUUUGUAAGCUGGCUUCACUGAGUAUUGCUUGAAGGGUUUUCCUGUAGAUGUAUCUAACUAUUUUCUCCCAGUCAUUGCUUGAAGAAAAAAAAAAGGCUCGGGAAUUGCAAAGAAGGAAAGGAGCGGAAUAACUAGUGAUGGGCAAUUUCAUAAUUAUCUAGUUUGGGACCUGCCUGUUUUGGUAAAUGAUCAAGAAUUAUGAAGGAUAAGUAGCACUAUUGCAUUUUGACUAAGACAUGCUAACUUAUUCUUAACACCAACGUUUAAUUUAAAACACAAAGUCAAUUUUCUGGGUAAAAUACAUCGGGUGCCACUUAACUUUGAGAAUUGUUGUAGACAUACCACUUAAAUUUGAAUAGAGCGUCGGGUACCACUGAACUCUAUUAUAUGUGCACCCGAUACCACUUAAGUUUACAGCUAAGUGCAUUUUGUUAAAGUUGACAGAAUAUUCUUGAAAUAUUCUAUUUUCUAAAUUUCAUAAUUGGUCCUUCUACUUUUCUUAUUGUAAAAAAAUCAUUUGGACUUAUGAAAAACAUCAUUUUCUAUUAUUUAGUUACGAUCCUCUUUUGAAUACUUAAUACCAAACCAAUUUUUGAAAAUAUAGAAUCAAUUAUCAUUAUAAUUAUUUUUAAUUAUCAUUAUGUGUUCUAAUAAUUGAAUUAUAGCAUGAAUCUUGUACUAAACAAUGUUGUAGCUUUUAUAGUCAUAUUUUCUUUUCUAUAGUUUCUACCGAAUGUUGUAGCUUUUAUAAUUUAUUUAUUACUUUGUUACUUUUCAUCUCUUUUCGUUCUAAAUUUUAUCAAUUAGUGGAAUAUGUUUAAUUCUUUUUUAUUCUGUUUCAUUUAUCAUUUUUUACGUAUUGAUGAUCGAUUAGAUUCUAUUUUAACUAUUUCUAAAGGUGCUUCUAACUAAAUUAUGGGUUUUAAAUUGAUAUUUUAAUAUUAAUUUAAAAUAUUUAUUAUAAUAUUAUAGUAUAUUUAUUAUUUUUCUUUAUAUUCAUUUAUUAUUUUUACUAAUUUAUCUAUUUUUUUGGAAAAUUUUGAUUAGUCAUUCUAGUAAUAAUAUGUUUAGAAGUUUUUCUAAUUAUUAUAUUAGAUAAAACUUGUAAAAAUAUAGUUUUGGAUGUUUUUAAAAAUUUUGGGUAUCAAAAAGUAAUUAAAAGUUUGCGUUGGAUGGAAAAGCAGAAGGAUGCACAUUUUGGCGACAUUAAUGGUACUCGACGCCCUAUUCAAAGUUAAGUUUUAAGUCAACCCAAAUCUCAAACUUAAGUGGCACCCGAGGUAUUUUACCCUCAAUUCUCUUUAGUUACGUGAUCACCAGUAGUUUUAUGUAAUAAACUAGUUGAUCCCAAUAACUCAAGUUGUUGGGAGAAGGUUACAUCUUCUACACUACUUAUAAUCAACAGUAUAAUUUAUA